AAGUUUUAGUUUAGUUCGAAACACAAAAUGUGCAAGCCGCUUUUAAUAUUGUUGCUCAGUUUAUUGGCGCAACAAAUUUGUGCUGGCGAAAGUUCGUUGGGCGCUUUAAAUUUACAAACGCAGCUGCAUAAUUCGUUGAAUAACAUUGAGAAACUGCAGGCUAUAUACAAAAAUGAAAUCGAAGAGGCGCUAACAGUGAAACGAAACAUGGCCAUAGAGUCGUUAAUAAAGCAACAAAUAAAUGGCGAUCUAACAAAAUGUAAGCAUGAGAAUAAAGCGGCGCAAGAACUAAAUCGCAUGUACGCGGAUCAAAUCACAGGCAUGCAGAAUAAAUUGAAUACGUACAUAGCGGAGGUGGAGGAUAAAGAUCAUCAGCUGGAGCAGGCAAUGGCUAUAAUGCAUGACUAUACGACAACGAUUAAAGAGCAGAGCAAGCAGAUUGAAUUAUUAAAAUAUCAGCUAAUUAUGCAGGCUGACAACAAUGAAUUGAAAACAGGAGGAGCAGCAGCCGCCUACGCCGAGCCCAACAGCUGUUUGGCAUUUGUUAACUCAACUGGCGUACAUAGCAUUAAAGUAGAUGCUGCUGAGCCAUUUGAGGUGCUGUGUGAUGCACAGUUAGCUGGCUCAGGCUGGACUGUGGUGCAGCGUCGCAUCAAUGGCAGCGUUAAGUUCUACAGAGAUUGGUCAGACUAUAGAGCAGGCUUUGGUGAAUUGCACGGCGAAUUCUUCAUUGGACUGGACAAACUUUAUCGCUUGACUAAUGCGCAACCGCAUGAGCUUUAUGUGCAGCUAACAGACUUUAAUAACGAUACAGCGCAUGCUUACUACGAUCGGUUUGUUAUAGGCGCAGAGUAUGAGAAUUAUGCGCUCAUCGAACUGGGCGAAUACUCUGGCAAUGCGGGCGAUGCUCUGCGCGAUAAUGAGCAGCAGUCGUUUAGCACUUUCGAUCGGGACAACGACAAGAGCAAAAACAAUUGCGCGCAGACUUGUUUGGGUGGCUGGUGGUUCAACAAUUGCGGUCUAAGCAAUUUAAAUGGACAGUAUGCGCAUAAUGAUGAUUAUUACGACAGCAUGGAGUAUGGCAUAUAUUGGGAUGAGUGGCAUGGCGCGGGCUAUACGCUACAAGCAGUGCAAAUAAUGAUUAGACCAAAGCCUGCUGCGGACUUGAAAUGAGGCAGCGCAUUGGAAUUACAAAUUUAUACGCUUGGAGUUAAGUGUUUACUUGUUUAGAGUACGCGCAUUAAAUUUAGUUUUAUUAACAAA